AUGGGCCGGGGGCGGCGGUCGCAGCAGCAGCUACUACCACCAUGGCUGCUGCUAGUAGCGCUGUGCGUGCACCGCGGCGGCGGCGAGCUGAGCGAUUUCGUGAGUCGCUUCGAACGCGUUCGCAUGCAGUCGUUCAGCGUGCCUCCCACCCGCAGCGUGGACGCCAUGGACGUGGCCGCCGAUGCGCAGGGUGGCUAUCGGGUCUCGUUCAUGGCCUACGGCCAGCACUUCAACCUGUCGCUGGCCGAAGACCCGCGCCAUGUGAACCGCAUCCCAGUGUUCGUGCACAACACGAGCGGCGUGUCGAAAGUUGCGUACGAGGCCGACUACAGCCUCUACAUUGGCCGCCUCGAGGACAACCCGCGGUCUGAGGUCAUGGGCUACUUCCGUGACGGUGUCUUCGACGGCGUCAUACGCACUGAGAAUAACGUCUAUUUUGUCGAGCCGGCCGACAACUUCUUCCUGGAGAAGCAGAACUACGACGCCGUCGUCUACUCCGGUAUGGAGGUCAUGGCACCCGACUGCGUCACCAUGAAAGGUGGCGUGCGCGCCUGUUUUCAGAACACGACACGCGCCGCCGUUGGCCCCUCCAAGCAGCUGCAGCGGCUCGCCGACGCAGACCUCCUGACGCGCAUGAGCGCUCAGAGAAUGCACUCAUCCUCGACUAGCGGGCCGUCCUCGGGGCUUCGUGUCUGCGGCGUCGAGCUGCUGGCCGACCACUCGUUCUUUCGAUCGCGCAACCGUAAUGUCAAUCUCGUGGUGCAGGAGAUGAUCCUGCACUUGCAUUACGCCGAUCUGGUCUUCCGUAACACCGACUUUCAGCUACCGUUCCGCGUGGGCCUCAUUCCCGAGAAGGUAACCAUCUUUGCCGAGCCCAGCAGCAAGGGCUACCCCUUGGGCCAAGAAGACCUCUCGGCCAAGGACUACCUGGCAAGCUUCUCGUUCUACGUGCAGCGACACUGCCUGGUCGUUGGCUUCUCCCACCGUCCGUUCGAAAGCAACACGCUGGGCAUCUCGUUCGUGGCCAACCCAGACCCCGAGGGCCCCGUGGGCGGAAUUUGUGAGUUGCCUAUGCGCUUCAUCGACCAGGACACCAUACAUAGCUUUAACAUCGCCUCCAUCACGACAAGCACGUCGAACCGCAAGCGGGUUCCGCAUGGAGUCUCGUUCGGAACGGUGACACACGAGAUCGGCCACAGCUUCGGCUCGCCGCAUGACCCAGCCGCCGACCCGGCGUGCCACCCUAUCGGCAAGUCGGGCUUCUACAUCAUGGUCAAGUACUCUGUGGACGGCUCCCUUCCCAACCACCGUGCCUUCUCACCGUGCUCGGUUCGCGACAUGCGUAAGGUGCUGCGCGCCAAGGGCACCUGCCUGGCCGAAGAUGGCGCGCGCUGCGGCAAUGGCAUCAUCGAGCCCGGUGAGGAGUGCGACUGUGGCUCCGAGGCCACCUGCGACACCUUAGACCCUUGCUGUUCGCCGGCGCCGUCGGCUCUGCCGCUUCACGAGACCCUGCUGCCGCCUCAGCGAGACCUACCAUGCACCGUACGACGCGCCGGUGGUUCAACUUGUUCACCGCGAUCGUCGGCCUGCUGCAGCGACCACUGCGGCGCGACGCUGCUGCGCGCCGCUUCUAACGCGUCGUGUCGACCUUUCAACGAGUGCAUGGCGUCGGGUGUGUGCGACGACAAGGGCGUGUGCCGAGCGUUGACAGCACGCGCUGACGGAUAUCCGUGCCGUGGCACCAAAAAAACUUGCCGAAACGGCAAGUGCCAGUCCACCCCCUGCCAGGACAGGGGUCUGUUGGACUGCGUGUGCGAAGACGAUGGGCACUUCGGCCACGAAGAGUGUCACAUCUGCUGCCGAAACGGCUCUCGCGGCGCCUGCCUGCCCGCCAUCGAACACGGCCUCAAGUCACUCGACGGCCGCCUGUUCGUCCAGCGUUCGGACUUCUUUUGUCAUGGCCGGCGCGGACAGUGUGACGGAUUCGGCAUGUGCAUUGUCUCGCCCAUGAUAUCGCACAGUAGCAGCAAGUCGGUGGCAUCGCUGAUCCUGCUAACACCUGCGGCCAACUUCGUGCCACUGCUUCUGCUUUUUCUGCCACCUAUUGGGUAG